AUGGAUGGUAUAACCAACUGUGGAAUGCCCUCUCGUCUUGAAAGUGGUCUCAACAGCCACCCCGUAAACCGCAGUCACGCUAAAUCAGGAAGUGUGAAGAAGACAUCUGGUGAGCGUGAGACACCCCGCAGCCAUGCUCAUGUGUCAGGAGGACUGAGCAGGUCCCAGAGCCCCAUCACGGUGCCUCCACCUCACUCACUGAUACAUGAGAGACACAGUGACCAGAAGAUCCAGGAACUCACCAACAAGAUCAUUCCACUGCUGACUGGAGAGGAGGAGGAGUAUAUAGAGGAGCACAGGGGUCUUUACAAGGACGUGAUGAUGGAGAAUCACCGGCCCCUCACAUCACUGGAUGGGCCCAGUAACAGAGAUACCCCAGAGAGAUGUCCCCGUCCUCUGUAUUCCCAGGAUUGUAAAGAGGAGAAUCAGAGGACCCCACAGGAGGAUCAGGUACAACGUCUGUCUGAUAUUAAAACAGAAGAUAUAAAGGGAGAAGAAGAGACGUAUGUGACUGAUAUAAAGGCAGAAGAUAUAGAGGGAGAAGAAGAGACGUAUGUGACUGAUAUAAAGGCAGAAGAUAUAGAGGGAGAAGAAGAGACGUAUGUGACUGAUAUAAAGACAGAAGAUAUAGAGGAAGAAGAAGAGACAGAUGUGACUGAUAUAAAGGCAGAAGAUAUAGAGGAAGAAGAAGAGACGUAUGUGACUGAUAUAAAGGCAGAAGAUAUAGAGGGAGAAGAAGAGACGUAUGUGACUGAUAUGAAGGCAGAAGAUAUAGAGGGAGAAGAAGAGACAUAUGUGACUGAUAUAAAGGCAGAAGAUAUAGAGGGAGAAGAAGAGACGUAUGUGAGGGGUGAUCAGCAGUGUAAGGAGGAGGAGAUCCCUACAGAUAUCAGCACAGCAGAUGGACACACAAGCAGGAAUAUCUCAGAAGGACAUCUAAUGUUAUCCCCGGAUUGUGACAUAAAAGAAAAUGACAGUAGACAAGAAUCUCCAGGAGAUAACCCCAUUACCCCAAUUAUACAUCCAGGUCUAUCAGCUGAUCCCUCUGAUCCUGGGAAAUGUUCUUCUGAUCACUCUGAUAUUGGUGUAUCUGGUACAGUUCUGACAGUAGAUAUAGAGUUUCCCUGUUCUAUAGGUGCCAGAUGUUUUACACAGAACACAAAGCAUAUUUACCCACAGACAGGUAAGGCAAGUGAGAGGCCAUUUCUAUGUUCUGAGUGUGGGAAAUGUUUUGUAUACAAAUCAGAUAUUGUUGCACAUCAGAGAAGUCACACAGGUGAGAAGCCAUUUCCAUGUUCUGAGUGUGGGAAGUGUUUUGCACACAAAUCAGAUCUUAUUAAACAUCAGAGAUAUCACACAGGUGAAAAGCCAUUUCCAUGUUCUGAGUGUGGGAAAUGUUUUGCACACAAAUCAGAUCUUGUUAUACAUCAGCGAAGUCACACAGGUGAGGAGCCAUUUCCAUGUUCUGAGUGUGGGAAAUGUUUUGCACGCAAAUCAGAUCUUGUUAUACAUCAGCGAAGUCACACAGGUGAGAAGCCAUUUUCAUGUUCUGAGUGUGGGAAAUGUUUUGCACACAAAUCACAUCUUGUUAGACAUAACAGAAGUCACACAGGUGAGAAGCCAUUUUCUUGCUCUGAGUGUGGGAAAUGUUUUAUCCAGAAAUCACAUCUUGUUAUACAUCAAAGAAGUCACACAGGUGAGAAUCCAUUUCCAUGUUCUGAGUGUGGGAAAUGUUUUGCACAGAAAUCAGAUCUUAUUAAACAUAAGAGACGUCACACAGGUGAGAAGCCAUUUUCUUGCUAUGAGUGUGGGAAAUGUUUUACCUGGAAAUCACAACUUGUUACACAUCAGCAAAGUCACAGGUGAGAAACCAUUUCCAUGUUCUGAUUGUGGGAAAUGUUUUGCACACAAAUCAGAUCUUAUUAAGCAUGAGAGAAGUCACACAGGUGAGAGGCCAUUUUCUUGCUCAGAGUGUGGGAAAUGUUUUACAUGGAAAUUAGAUCUUGUUAUACAGUUGUGCUCAUAAGUUUACAUACCCUAGCAGAAUUUGUGAUUUUCUGGCCAUUUGUCAGCGAAUAUGAAUAGCUCACAAACUUUUCUUUCACUCAUGUGGUUGGGUAAAGCCAUUUAUUGUCAAACAACUGUGUUUACGCUUUUUAAAUCAUAAUGACAACAGAAACUACCCAAAUGACCCCGAUCAAAAGUUUAUCUACAUCUCUGACUUUAUCUCCCUUUACACUUCCACCCGUCCUCUUCGCUCUUCUAAUGCACGCCAACUCUCCUGCCUACUGAUUACUUCCUCCCACUCCUACCUCCAAGAUUUUUCACGUGCUGCACCACUUCUCUGGGAUUCCCUACCUCUCCCCCUCACACUCUCCACCUCUCUACAAAACUUUAAACAGGCUCUCAAGAUCCACUUCACCAAACCCAGCCAAAUCUCAUCCUCACCCUAUGUUUCACGCUCUCUAUGUACCCCAUCUGUGUCACCCCUGUCUGUCUACCCCUCCCCUUUAGAAUGUAAGCUCAAAUGUAAGCUCUCACGAGCAGGGCCCUCUUCCCUCAUGUGCUUAUUCUUUCUUUAAGAAUCUUCAACUGCAUCAAAUCCAGUAGUCUGCUGAUGUAACUAUGUUUAUUUACCCUGUAUUUGUCCUAUACUGUCAUCAACUGUAAGUUGCUGUUUUCCUGUUUGAUUAUUUGUUUAUGUACUCUGUAAUUAGGUGCUGUGGAACCCUUGUGGCGCCAUAUAAAUAAAGGAUAAUAAUAAUAAUAAUAAUGUCACACAGGUGAGAAACCAUUUCCAUGUUCUGAGUUUGGGAAAUGUUUUGCACACAAAUCAGAUCUUAUUAAACAUGAGAGGUCACACAGGUGAGAGGCCAUUUUCUUGUUCUGAGUGUGUAAAAUGUUUUACACAGAAAUCACAACUUAUUAUAUAUCAGCAAAGUCAUUUCCAUACUCUGAGAAAUAAAUCAGCACACUAGACAUCACUCAGGUGGGAAACCAUUUUAAUCUUCUGGAGUAUCCUUAUUGCCAUGCAUUGUUCUUCAACGUUCUUCUAUCUCCUAUGCUUUUUGCAAUAUACAUGUUACUGCAGGGUGAAAUAAUCAGAUGUCAUGCCCUCAUCUACCACUGCUAUGCAGAUGACCUGUCUUUUGUUUCGGGUACUGAGAACCCAGUACCAAUCCUACAUGGUUGUCUAGCUGAGCUCCAGGUGUGGGUGAUGCCAUUUAGCUGUGACUCAGUCCUGGUGAAACAGGUCUAUAUGGUAGAAGCUCACCAACAAAGGGCAGGGCUACAGCUCAGCUUUGCAAACCAACCAGACUUGCGCUUGGUGGUUCAGAGAUACAGAAUGCAGAUCCUGUGCGGAAUAUUGGUGUCCUGGAUGGUAGAGUGACACUUAGACUCAGGUAUCAGCCACAAUCAGACCCUCAUCUGAGGAACAUAGCCAGACUCCAGUACUUAUUUCCCUCAGAAGAUCUACCUACAGUCAUACAUGCACUUGUAUCAUCACACAUAGACUACUGCAAUGUCCUCUACCUGGGUCUCCCACCAAAAGAAUUGCACCGGUUGUAGCUUGUACAGAAUGCAGCAGUCAGUCUGUUACCUAACCAGCCCGUUCCUGCCAUAUAACACCCAUUCUCUGCUCCCUUCACCGGCUGCCUGUAAGAUGGUGACUCUAUUACAUAAUCUUACUGACUCUCCCAGCCUUACAUGACCAGGGUCACAGGUACCAGAAGCAGCUUCUGCCUCCUUACUGCCCAGCUUGCUUACUUCUACCUGCAGAUGAAGGACUGUUACCCGCAGUACCAAGAAUCCCCAAGCAGUUCUGAGGUGUCAGGGGAGGAUACAGGGUGGGUGGCAGUAGUGCUGUAGCGGGGGCUGCGGGAGUUACUGUCUGUGGGUAAUAUUGUCCCCAAGCAGUGCUGAGGUAAAAGAGGGGGGACACAUGGUGGCGAGCA